UUUCGAUAAAUGGGGGGAAUAUCUGAUAACGUGAAAGGGCUUGUUUUAGCUCUUUCUUCCAGUGUUUUUAUUGGUUCUAGUUAUAUUGUCAAGAAAAAAGGUCUCAAAAAUGCCGGGAGAAAUGGAACUCGAGCAGGUUCUGGAGGAUACUCAUACUUGCUGGAACCUUGGUGGUGGGCUGGGUUGAUAACAAUGAUCAUUGGUGAGAUAGCUAAUUUUGCUGCCUAUGCAUUUGCUCCGGCAAUCCUUGUGACUCCCUUGGGAGCUUUAAGCAUUAUUUUCAGUGCAGUUCUAGCACAUUUUAUUUUAAAGGAGAGACUUCAUAUCUUUGGCGUGGUUGGUUGUGUUCUCUGCCUGGUUGGUUCUACUACAAUUGUUAUACAUGCUCCAAUAGAAAGGGACAUUGAAUCUGUCAAACAAGUAUGGCAACUAGCAACUGAGCCAGGAUUCCUUGUCUACAGUUGUGUAGUUGUGAUUCUGGUAUUGAUCCUAAUUUUCCAGUAUGCACCACGUUAUGGGCAGACACAUAUGGUUGUCUUCAUUGGAAUUUGCUCACUCACUGGCUCUCUUACGGUUAUGGGAGUCAAAGCUGUUGCAAUUGCUCUCAAGCUGUCUUUCUCAGGAAUGAAUCAAUUUAAAUACUUCCAGACAUGGUUUUUCACUUUGUAUGUGAUUGGGUUUUGUAUUUUGCAGCUGAAUUACUUGAACAAGGCACUGGAUGCCUUUAAUACAGCUGUGGUGUCCCCGGUAUACUAUGUUAUGUUUACAUCCCUAACCAUCCUAGCUAGCAUUAUAAUGUUUAAGGACUGGGACAGUCAAAAUGCGUCGCAAAUUGUCUCUGAAGUAUGUGGCUUUGUGACUAUCCUGUCUGGGACAUUCCUUCUCCACAAGACCAAGGACAUGGGAGGUGUUAGCAGUACUAGUAACACGCCCGUGCCAUCUCCUGUAUUCCUGGCAUCACGCCAGAAUUCAAGUUCCAUACGGUCUGAGAUUUGAGAUGAGAUCGUUUCUGUGCAUCUAAAAGAAGCAGUGGUUUUGAUCAUGGUCUGAAGAAGCUGAUUAAUCUGGAAUUGGUGGAUAAUACUUUCUAUUAAGCAGAAUGCGACUUGGCAUCAGGGAAUGGGAAAUGAAGGAGGAUAUAGAGUAUGCUGAUAACGUCAAUUCUUUGUCUGUAGAUGAAGGAAGGAAAUCCUAGCCAUUUUUACCCUACACUCCAAAACAAUACGUAAAAGCAAGAGUGAAACAAAAACAGAGAAACACCUAGUUGACCCUAUUUAAAUUGAAACUGGUUUUAUUGUAGAUAUGUCUGAAUAUUGCUUAGGAGGACUUUUGAGAUUAGAUGGAUACAAUGAGAAAGGAUAUGAACC